AUGCCGUCGGAGCAGUUUCGGAUGGAGACCGUCGAGGCCCUGCGGAACACCCGCAAAGGGCGGCUGCGCUACUGCCGAGACUGGAGCCCGCUCGAGGAGGAACAGCUGAAUCAACGCUUGGAGCAGCAGGACCAGGCGGUGAAGGCGGCCUCCGAGGAGGCCAGCGAGUUGCUGAAGCGCUUCGAUGAGAUGAAGGAGCUGAAGCAGCACCAGGAGUACCAGCACCUGCAGCAAGAGAUAGAGAACAGCUCCAAAGAAGCCCAAGGGCAGCAGGAGAAGCUGAAGGAGGAGCAUAGGCGCAGAGCCAAACUUUUAAGCCGGAAGCUCCGUGAGGCUGAGCAGCAGCGGCAACGGCAGGAGGACCUGGAGCGCCAGCGGCGGGAGGAGAGCCAAGAACGCCUACGCCGCCUCUACGCCAUCCAGGAGGAGGUUUUGCAGAUCCACCAGCAGAUUGGCCUCAACGCCAGGCAUAAAGAGCUGCCCGCCAUCGACUUCUCACUCUACAACACCCGUGGCAAUCACCUCUGCGGAGAGGUGUCGGCCUUAGUCCGGAUGGCCAAUGAGGCUUUCCCCACCGAGGCAGAUGUGGCUUCCGCUGAUCACGCCCUGCUCAAGAUGCACCAACUGCUGUCUGGCAUGCAGCAAGAAAUUGCUCUCGCCCUGGAAGAGAAGAAGAAGCAGGAGGAGAAGUUGGCUAUGGCUGAGGCGGCAGCAGCCGAGGCCAAAAAAACAGAGGAACUGCAGAAGGAGGAUCUGGCAAAAUCCCAGCCUUUGGAUUCCGGAAAGCUUGCUGGAGGUAAAACAUUCAAUCAAUUCCUCUGCUUUUUUGGCAUCUUCCAGCUGAUCGAAUCAAUUACCAGCCCUGGGGAAAUGGGCUCCCUCAUACGAUUCAAGCAAUUUUUAAAACAAAUCACUGCGGUUGUUAAAUUAGUAACGCCGUCGUUAAGUAAAUUUGGUUUCCCCCUUGACUUCAUCCGUCAGAAGGUCACCAAUGGGCACCCCAUCUCCCAGGACACGGCAAACUGUUCCCAACUGAAGGAGAUCUUUGAGAAGAUCAACAGCCUCCUCUCAGGGAAAUACGUGCACUGCGGGGGUCAUAGAAUAUCCGUCACGCAGCACCCCGAAGGCCUGGAGUUUGUUUAUUUCAAAUUGGCUGAAAAGUUUGUGAAACAAGGCGAAGAAGAGGUGGCCUCUCACCACGAAGCGGCAUUCCCCAUUGCUGUGGUGGCGUCUGGCAUCUGGGAGCUUCACCCCAAGGUGGGCACUCUCACCUUGGCUCACUUACAUAAAAAGUGCCCUUACGCCGUGCCCUUUUACCCUGCGAUGAAGGAAGGCACCCCGCUGGAAGAGUAUCAGAGGAUACUCGGCUACCAAGUGAAGGACGGGAAAGUUGAGCCGCAAGAUAACUUUCUCAAACGGAUGUCUGGGAUGAUCCGACUCUAUGCAGCCAUCCUGCAGCUUCAGUGGCCUUACCGAGAUAAGCAAGGGACUCACCCACACGGGUUAAACCAUGCCUGGCGUUGGCUGGCCCAGAUUUUGAACAUGGAACCUCUGGCAGAUGUGACGGCAACGAUUCUCUUUGAUUUCCUGGAGGUGUGUGGGAACGCUCUCAUGAAGCAGUACCAGGGGCAAUUUUGGAAGAUGCUUCUCCUGAUCCAGGAAGAGUAUUUCCCUAGGUAUGGUCAGUCUGGUGUGUGUGUGUGUGUUUGUGUGUGGAAGGUCUCUGGAGAUUCUCAGCCAUCCAAGUUAUGGUUGCCCCUUUUGGGGGAAGCCUAG